GCCAUCUUGCAGAGCCGGCCCGAGGCGGCGCAGGGAGCGGAGCGGAGCGGGGCGCGGGCGGAUCCCGGGGCAGGCGUGGCAAUGGCAGAUUCUGCACGGUAGAGUUCAUGGCAAGUAUUUGUCUAAUAUAAGCCAAGCAAGACACAUACAAGCUUCAGAGUGAAGACUGGAACGGCUGGAGGGAGGUGCGUAGCUGCAGCUCAAAGAAAAUGAAUGGCACACUGGAUCACCCAGACCAACCUGAUCUAGAUGCUAUCAAAAUGUUUGUGGGCCAAGUCCCACGGAGCUGGUGUGAGAAGGAUCUGAGAGAACUUUUUGAACAGUAUGGUGCUGUCUAUGAAAUCAAUGUCUUGCGGGACAGGAGCCAAAACCCUCCUCAAAGCAAAGGGUGCUGUUUUGUUACAUUUUAUACCCGUAAAGCUGCACUAGAAGCACAGAAUGCUCUUCACAACAUGAAAAUCCUCCCAGGGAUGCACCAUCCUAUCCAGAUGAAACCAGCUGACAGCGAAAAGAGUAAUGCAGUAGAAGAUAGGAAGUUGUUUAUUGGAAUGAUAUCCAAGAAGUGCAAUGAAAAUGAUAUUCGAGUGAUGUUCUCCCCCUUUGGGCAGAUUGAAGAAUGCAGGAUAUUACGGGGCCCGGAUGGCCUGAGCCGAGGUUGUGCAUUUGUGACUUUUACAACAAGAGCCAUGGCGCAAACAGCAAUCAAAACAAUGCACCAAGCACAAACCAUGGAGGGUUGCUCUUCUCCCAUUGUUGUAAAAUUUGCAGACACGCAGAAGGACAAAGAGCAGAAACGAAUUGCUCAGCAACUUCAGCAACAAAUGCAACAGAUCAGUGCUGCCUCAAUAUGGGGAAACCUGGCUGGUCUCAACACACUUGGACCCCAGUACUUAGCACUUUAUUUGCAGCUCCUUCAGCAGACAGCAGCUGCUUCAUCUGGGAACCUGAACACACUGAGCAGCCUCCACCCAAUGGGAGGACUGAAUGCGAUGCAGUUACAGAACCUGGCAGCGUUGGCAGCUGCGGCCAGCGCGGCUCAGAACACGCCCAGCGGCACCGCUGCGCUCACCUCCUCCAGCAGCCCCCUGAGUGUGCUCACCAGCUCAGCAGGUUCCUCACCUAGUUCCAGUAGCAGCUCCUCCGUUAAUCCAAUGGCUUCUCUUGGAGCAUUGCAGACGCUGGCAGGUGCUACAGCAGGCCUCAACGUUAGCUCUUUAGCAGGAAUGGCAGCCUUAAAUGGAGGACUUGGCAGUGGUGGUCUCUCAAAUGGGACAGGUAGCACAAUGGAAGCCCUCACACAGGCUUAUUCUGGAAUCCAGCAAUAUGCUGCUGCUGCACUGCCCACACUCUAUAACCAGAGUCUCUUACAACAGCAGAGUAUUGGUGCAGCAGGAAGUCAAAAAGAAGGUCCAGAGGGAGCCAAUCUAUUUAUCUACCAUCUUCCCCAGGAGUUUGGGGAUCAGGAUCUGCUGCAGAUGUUCAUGCCAUUUGGAAAUGUCGUCUCUGCCAAGGUUUUCAUUGACAAGCAGACCAAUCUAAGCAAGUGUUUUGGUUUUGUAAGUUACGACAAUCCUGUCUCGGCGCAGGCUGCCAUUCAGUCAAUGAACGGCUUCCAGAUCGGCAUGAAGCGGCUGAAAGUACAGCUCAAGCGCUCCAAGAACGACAGCAAGCCAUACUGAGCAGCCUCCCCUCCGGGACUGGAGUGAGAAGGAUCUUCUGAUUCCUGCCGUUUGUUCAUCGUUGUGCCUAAAGCAUGUCGAUGUGGCGUUCAAGUACAUCGUCCAAAUCCUUGUCUCUUCAGCUUCUCUGAUGCUUGAACUCUCACCUUUGACCUUGUGUUGACCUUUGAUGCUGAUGUGUAUUUUUAUUAUGUUUGUUUCUUUUCUUUUUUUUUUCUUUUUUUUUUUUUUUUCUUUUUUUUUUUUUUGUGCUGCCAAAUUGGUUUUGCUAGAAAGACUGCUGAAGGGGAAUAUUUAAACUUGCAUUUGAAUAUAAAAGAAUUUCUAUUUUUCUAGACCUUCGUAAGAUAACCACUUGAUUUUGUGAAUCUGAUUCUUUGUAAUUUGUCUUCAGAGCAGCCUUGCUAGCAUACCUUGUGGAGUAUUUGUAUUUCUGUGAACAUACAGCCAAUCACUUUCUAGGCUUAGUUUUUUCUGUGUGCUUAGUUUUAAAAACACAGUUCGAAGAAAAAGUCAAUUAUAUGGUGUGACUCAAUCUUUCAGAAGACUUCCUAGUCACAUUUUGCUGAUCUGGUUUCUGUGCUUGAGGAGACAGCAUGUGUUUUUAUGAGUUCAAACUUGUGACUUGAAGUGGCAUCAACAGAAAACACUUGAACUACAUUUUUCUCCGAUUGUAGCUACAUUUUUGCCCUGGCAUUUACUGAUUUUUUUUUUUUAAUUAUUAUUAUUUUUAUUUUUCCCCUGCUUCCGUGUGAUUAUCAGUCUGCAGUGAAAAUUUGAUCAAAGUUGAUGUUGUAUUUUGUUAAGCUCUGGCAUGCUUGGUUUUUUUGUAACUACAAUCUCCUCAGCAAAAUGUGAUGGUUUUGUUUUAAUCUUUCAAACUAAGAUAGUGCCCAGAAAUGUUGUGCAUGUUUCCUGCUGUUUUCUUCACACCCUCGUAUAUAUCACCUUCACCUCUCUGUUUUCUAUAGUUUGUGCAAAAACUGAGCAAUUUAAUGGGUUUCAAAGGUAUCCUUUAAAUUGGUGGUUUCGGUAUGACAAAUAUCUGAUCAGAAGCCACCUGAGGGCAUCUACCUGUGCACUUAGACUGUCUGCCUGACAGAGCACCUGGGCCUUGCUCCAUCUCCAGUGCUGUCAGAAGCUCUGAGGGUGCUCGGUCACACUGUUCCCUAGUGGAAGUUUUGGUGGAAGGGGAUAGCUGGGAGCAGGAAGGUGGGGGAACUCACAGUAUUUCUGUUUCCAAAGCUAUCUGAAGCUAGGGCUCAUUUCGAAUACUGAGCAUUUUGUACAACUCAGGGCACAUUUCUGUGAAGUCCAGCCCCAGUCUAACACCAUCAGAGUUUGGUGGCAGGAUUCUGGAAGGAUCUAGGUUAGCUCAUGAAAUAAAGUGUUUUAAAUAUCCCAGAGAAAGCAUUUGUAACACUGGUCCUGCAACUGCUGGCUCUUUUCCCAAAUGACAAGCACAAUACAACAGCCUCUGAAGCUGUUACCUGAACAGGGUACCAUCCCCAGCUCUCUUUUCAAGGGCUUAGCUGGGGAAUCUCUGCGGAGAUUUUUUAGUUUUUGUUUCGUUUUUAAUUGGGUAAUGAGCUGAGCAGUUUUUCUGGCCUGCAGGAUGACUAGAACAGGUCACUGCUCUCUGGGUAGCAGGCUUCCCCUGCCCUAUGUACCAUCUGCACAGGUAGAAACUGGGAGGUAGCUUCUAGAUGAAGGCACCUGAAGAGUGUGUGCUGUGAUGAAGUUUCAGUCAGAAGCAGCAGCAAGCUAGUGUAGGUAUAUUAACAGUUGAAAUAAUGUGAAAUGGAAUUCCAGGAGAGGUCUUUUUGCUGAGAAAACAAGUAGAGUUUGAUUGGAUAGAAAUCUUAAUUUUGUCCAGUGUUUGGGAUAAUGUAAAGAUUCAAAGAUUGUUUUCUACCCUACUCCUGAGUUGGUCGAGGAUACUGUAUUCUCACUGGGUAUUGACCAGACUUGUGUAGACAGUGCUUAAUCUGGUUCCAAAAGAGAACAAAUUGAAUAUGUACAUGUACCUGGGAGUGAAUCGUGAGGCUGAAUGCAGAAGGGCGGGGACUCGUUUCUGUGGGAAGUAGGGUUGGGGGCUGGCUGCUGUUAGUCCCACAGUCUGAAUGCACAGGGCUGUGUGCUGGGGGCACUGAUAGCCUGCAGUGUACGGAGGGACUGCCAGCACGUUUCUGUACGUGUGCAUCUGGUUCCCUAAGGAACCUUGGGGGAAGCCUGUGGAAAAAUAUCUGAAGAAAACCAAAAUGCCAAAUGUUGGGUGUUUCUUUCCUUUCUUCUUUCCUUUUCUUCCUUUGGUUGUUUUAAUUGUUCUGUGGUGGUUUUAAUGGAUUUGAGACAGUGGAGCAGCAGCUGCCUUUCUGAUUUUUGGCUGCUUUUUGUGAAUAAUUUAAAAAGAAAAUUUACAUUUUGGAGACAAACCUGUGGGCUUUUUUAUUGGUACAAACAUUGUAUUUAACACUAGGGGUUUUGUACAGUUUUUUGCCUUUUCUACUAGAAAACAAUGUAAAGUGAUUCACAAUGUGAUGAGAAAACAAAUUGCCACUAUGACCAAAUGUAGAGUCUGUUCUGCAGUUAACGGGAUUUAAUCAACUCGAAGUCGUGGUUCAGUCGUAGAAAUGCUUUUCUUUACCUUGUUUGAGCUGUUCCUUUUUUUCUUGUUUUGAUUUGCAAAACAAAAUGUCUUUUUGUGUGAAAUUGUGUUGUACUCUGUAGAGAAUUACAGAUUUUACUUUAAUGGUUUAAAAAGCAGAGGAGCGCGUGUUGCUUUUCUGAUCUGAUCACAGAGUUUGUGUAGUGGAUUUAAAAAUGAAAAGAUUUGUUACAAGUUUGGAACAAGCGAGUAUGUGUUAAAGGAAUUUUCUUCCUUUUGUGUGUGUGUUUUUUUUUCUUUUUGUCCCAAAGGGCAACUUAAAGCUGUUUUAAUUGCACAGACACACCGACAACAAGUCAUUUUGUAUAUGCCAAGUGUGGUACCUUCCUUUGUUUAUUUGCUAUUAAACUGUUUGAGAAGAA